AUGCGGAUCCAGGAAAGAUGUUUUCUGCGCGCGUUCGCAGGACUCUGUCUAUUAGGCGGGGUCGCUCUCUUCUCCUCGGCCCUCGACCUAGAGCCACUCGAGCAGACGACCGUUGCUGGUAUCGACGUCACAGAAGUACCAAGCGUGCAACCGCUUCCCGCUGAAGGAAAGGACGAAUCAAACGACCGGAAGUUCGAGUACCCGACCAAAGAUCAGGAUUCCAAAACUACGCUCGAGCCUAAGAAAAAACCUGUUGCGGACUUCAAGAUCAAAACCGAUCUAAAGUACCAGAAACCCGUCAAAGACGAUGAUUCUAAACGGGAAGAGGUUGAGUCCGGGGCGACGACAUCUUGGAUGUCUUCGACGAAGUCGAUCGACGACACCACCACCACCACGAGCUCGAUGGAAACGAUGGGAAUUACGGUUCCAUUUCUAUUUCGCGGUGAACCAAUCGUACCCACGACUAUUACAUCCAACGUAUCGUCCAUGAUCGAUUCCUCGAUGUCAGGGAACAAGAAUCGUACAGGGGAAAUGCACACGACGGAGGCGACGACAGCGUUCAGGGGCAGGGCGUUGAACAUUUCUGCACCGGAACCAGCCAACUCGUUGCACUCAAAUAUCACGGAUCUUAGCGACGUCAGUAUGGACGACGAUGACAAAGAAGUUGAAGGGGGGGAGUACGUGGCCUCGCACAACGAAACUACCAUGAACAUCUCCUCGACUCUGCUGCCAGCGAUGUUGUGCGUCGAUGGGAAUCGCACGUAUUCCUUGGGCGAGAAGAUCGUCAGAGGUUGCGAAGAGAAAUGCGUGUGCGGCGAGGGUGGCGUGGCAAUGGACUGCAAACCACUCUGCUCGUCGCCAUAUGUCAGAGCCAACAGAGGAAUCGAGGAUCCACUCUGUCAGGAGAAGCUGGUCAACGAGGAACCCUGUUGCGCGAUUCUGGUCUGUGCCGCCGAUUCCGCACCUGAACCGGAAGAAACGUGUGUCUUCGAGAACAAGACGAUCAUGAGAGGCCAACGCGUCGAAGAUGGCUGCUCCCGAGUCUGCGUCUGCGAAGUGGGCGGCAAUUUGAAAUGCCAACCGAGAUGUCCACCGAACGAAACCACGUCUGCGACGAAUCAACACGAUCGUUGCGUUGUUCUAGCCGAUCCAAGAGAUUCCUGUUGCACGAUCACCCUCUGCGACGUAACCCUUGGUGAUCACGAGAUCAGACCAGAGAUCUCCACCGAUCUAACUGUCAACCUUACCGACGCAAAGGUACUCAAUUCAACGGCGAUUAAACUAAAAUUGUCAACGAAAAACCCACAGGACGUUACCGUGGAAAUAUCGGACAAGAAUCAUGUAUGGCGGCAGCAGAGGCCUGACAAAGAUGGUGUAAUAUCGAACCUGGAACCCGCGCACACAUAUUACGUCCGCGUAAUCGAAGGAAGUCGAACCGGUCCCGCGCUGCAGGUCUUCCUUCCCGCGGAAGUGAUCAAAACAAAUAUCUCGGAGAAGAUCGGGGAUAAAAAUUCGUGCAGCCACAGGGGGAAGAUCUACAAAGUAGGUGCGGAAUGGUACGACGAGUGCAUCUCUUUCUGCAUGUGCGCCGAGGGUGGAAAGACCGAAUGCGUCACGAUCGAGUGUCCUACCGAUUUUGGACUCGACGUCUUGGACCCCCACUGUUUGGACUGGGAGACCGUUCCGUCGGAUUUCGUCUCGAAGCCGCCCCAUUGCUGCCCCCAGGAAGUACGCUGCAGAAAUAAUGGCUCGUGCAAUUACGAGGGCAAGACGUACGACAAUUGGAGUGAAUUGCCGACGAACGUGACCGGAUGCGAGAAGAGAUGUUACUGCGAGAUGGGAAACGUGUCCUGCCAGGCUGCCUGUCCACCGGUCCCAGCGUUACCGCCUGCAAACCUACCCUGUCCCUCUUAUCAGGCGGCUCUGGCACACCUACCUGGUGACGAAUGUUGCAUGGAAUGGAGUUGUAACCACCCGUCCAGCCAGCUGCCAGGAACGAAUGCGACGCCCGCGUUCCCCGGCCCCUUAGCCACAGACACGUUUGAUCGGCGACCGAUUGACGAUAGCAAAAGACCGAAUAACAAGUCGGGAUCGGCCGGGCCCAGCCAGCAACCGGGACGUGCCACUUCCUCCUUGCGGGAAGAUUCGACAGACGUUAACGCGAACACCGACAUCACAACGACCCACGGACUCUUCCAUUACCCAAUGGACCCUGGACAUCCCACCGUACCGUACAACGGACCCUACAGUCCCGACUAUAAACCCACGCGUCCAAGCGUCGAAGACGUGUUUCAUUUGAAUCCUCACGCCCCCGAAAAGCCGUUGACACCGGUCAAAGAAAAGGCCAAGUCGAAAACGGACGCCAAGAAACCGGUCGAGCUUAUCGCGAAACCGCACAAAGACGAUUACUUCCCUGGCCCGCUGGCACCGGACAAAUUCUUGGACAAGACCGUCUCGAUCCCCGUACAUCCGAACGAGAACACGCAGCAUAUUCUCGGACCGGUAAAUCCGAAUAAAUUACCGUCGCCGCCAAAGGCUGGCCACGCGACCGAUCAGCCUCAGUUCGUCCCGUUAAAUCCACAUCAAAACGCCGGGCCAGGAUUCCCGUUUGUACCCACCAACGGCCAAAACAUUCCUCAGAGUAGUUUCAACCCGCAACUGGACAACACCCAGGCUGGCCCACCUUAUCGCGGCCCGAUACUUGGUCCAGACAGCGUCGAUCCGAACGUGAUCAUUCCCUUGAAUCCGAAAAAGAAAAUUCCCGCCAGCGACGCGUUCGAUGGUGAAAAAAUCAAGUCCCCGACGGGACUGCCCGGUCGACCCAAACAGGGCCAACGUGAUCCCGAGCAGGAGAUCCUUCCCGAGGAGCUCUAUCAUUUGAUCAAUCUGCAACACCCAGGCUUGGUUCACCUGGACCACGGCCCACCCGAGGGCCACUCGGGUUUGUACGAUAUCCACCAACAGAUCUCGAAUCAGAAACAGUCGACCACCAAUCAAAUACAGCCGGGAUACUUCGGCGGGUCCGCGGCCGGCCCGAAGAAACCUUCGAAGCCGCACGUUUACGCGCAAAAGAACGAAAACGGCCAGACAACAUAUCACGUUCAUACGCCAGACAUACCGAGCACGCCUCAACAGAUCGAAGAACUGUUAGCCCAUAUCAGUCAACACGAUCCCAAUCCUGGACCGUUCCAACACUUUCCCGGACAGCCAGCCAUACCACAUAAUGGGCCGAGUGGCCCGCAGGCCACUCUGCCGCUUCACAUUGACGCUCACAUACCGCACUCAGGACUCACGCACUUGAACCACCCGUUCGCAGCACAAACGCCCAACCAGUCAGGUAUGGAUCACAAUGUACCACCAGGUUUCCCGUUACCCGGUGCCAUUCCCGGAUUCCCAAUUGGUUCCUCGUCAGAGGAAGUUACCGUCCAGAUUCUCGAAGCCCUCGACGAGAACACCGUUCGUCUUAUCUUCACUGUGCCGCAAGUCUUAGUGGGACUUCAUGGACGCGUCGAGUUGCGAUACACCAACGACAAAACGAACUUCGAUGUCUCUACCUGGAAAGCUCAAGUCUUCGCACCUCCGAACGACCUGAUCGCAACACCUCAAUUGGAGUUCGAGCUGGGCGAUCUGAAACCAUCGACGGAUUACAAGGUAAAAAUCACGGUGAAACUGAAGGACUUGGCCAACAGUCCCACGAGCAAGAUCUAUAGCGUUCGAACUCUGGAGAAACGAGCGGAAAUAACCACGUUACCGCCUCAAAUACCAAUCGACGCCGAGCUCCAAGUAACGGAAACAAACUCCACUUGGAUCAACGUAAUGUGGAAGAAGUUCACAGAAUACGAACUACAGUUCAUCGAUGGGGUUCAAUUGAGAUACAAGGAGCAAGACGGCAAGGUUUACUCCGGCACACCUUUAAUCCACAGGGCGGUAACAAAUUACAUGAUCGAGAAUCUUAAACCGUCUACUAUGUACGAGGUCGGCAUCUUCUUUGUUCCCUUUCCGGGCCAGUUAACGGAAUUGAUCAGUGAAAAGACGAUUCACGUGACCACGUCGAUGGAACCAGACCCGUAUUCCUUCGACGUCAGGGUAGAAAUCAAAACGAUAAAGUCAACGGAUGUGGAAGUUACGUGGAGCGGGGUACCCUAUCCGGAAGAUAAAUACGUAAACAUUUACAGAGCGAUCUAUCAAAGCGACAGUGGUAAAGAAGACACGAGCACGUUCAAGAUCGCCAAAAGAGAUUCUCACGCGAAGACAGUCAUUAGCGAUCUUAAACCGGGCACCAGGUACCGUUUGUGGCUCGAAGUUUACUUGACGAACGGCAGAAUUAAGAAAAGCAACGUCCAAGACUUUGUCACCAAAGCGGGUGUCCUCCCAGCCACCAUUUCUCAGCAAGCUGGAAAACUUGCGUCCAUACCCCUUCACGAGGGUGAUUACUAUGGCCCUUUAGUGGUGGUGGCCAUCGUCGCGUCUCUCGCGAUCCUCUCGACACUAAUCCUUUUGAUGAUGCUGAUGAAAAGGCGGACUAGCAGUAAAGCCGACAUAUCCCCACGUAAAACCACAUCGGCCUACGACAAUCCUUCCUACAAGACUUGUGAAGAUGCUGUGACGAUAUCGAACGGUAGGAACAAAAACACGGAACAUGAAAUGACUACUAUGAACACUAAUGUCAAGGAGUCCGUCUGAGGUCCUGUAAUUUAUUGAAAUAUAUUUAUUUAUGCGAGACUACCAUCGUGAACGAAUUGGUGUACAUUUCAAUACUGGAACGGCGAAGAAACGAUGAGUCUCGUAUUGUUGCAACGUCAAGGAUGAAUGUAGAGAGUGCCUUGAAACACUAAAAUAUUAUAUAUAUAUAUAUCGCGAUGACGAGA